UUUAUUCAGAUUUCUUCGCUCGAAAAUGACUUAAAUUUACAAAUAUUUAUCGAAUUUAUAAGUUUUCCUGCAAUUGCUCAAAUGCUUUCUAAACAGGCUUUAAAUUUAAUUGGAAAUAUAAUUUUCUUUGGGAAUUUGUUUAAAAAUUGUUUAUCCGUUUGUUUGUUGGAUUGGGCUUAUUUAGUUAAUAGAAUAUUGAAAUAUUGUGCUUUUAUCGUUACUGAUAAUAAGAAAAGUAAUUGUUGGCAUCAUCCUUUGCUUGGAUGGACAUCUGAAAGAAUUGAUGGAGGUUAUCAAUGGGCAUUUACUCGAAUGAUUAAACAAAUAUCUCUACUUUGGAGUAAAGAAAUGGUUGAAUUUCUUGCAAUAAAUUUUUUUACAAAUUUUGAUGAAACAAAAUUGUCACAACAACAAAAUGUCAAGAGAAAAAAUUCAAAAUCUUUUGCAGAAAUUCCAGCAUUUUCAACAAUAGACAACAAAUUAACUUCAGAUUUUUUACAAAAAUUUAUUGGCAAAUUUGGUUCAAAAAAACACCAAGAAACUGUUGGAAGUAUACAAGCUGUUGCUUUACCUCCUUUUACUUCUCCAAUAAUUUUUUGUCAACUUUAUCAAAAUGCUUUGUUGGCUUUUUAUAAUUCGAGGAUUGAAAUACUUUCAAGUUUAUCUCGCAACGAUUCUCUCGUUUUGGCCAAAUUGUGGCAUUAUAUAAACCCCGAUGUUAGCAAUACAGAAGGCUUCAAAACAUGUUUGGGCUAUUUGGUAACUGACCCAAGUGUAACCUCUCCCCAUUUUGCUCCUCUUCAACUUUUUGGAGAAAUUGCUUAUUCUUUAAUAUCAAUUUUAGAUGAAAAGGAAAUGUAUGAGACUGAGAAGCCUUUUACUAGAAUACAACUUUGCCAAAUUGCUACUUUUGCAAAUCGAUUUUGUUUUCAUUCAAUUUGGGAUUCCCUUAUAGACUUUGAAAAUCGAAGGUCUUCAUUACUUUUCACCAGUAUGUAUAAUCUGUUAAAUAUCCUUUUUAAUCGUGAUUGUAGAAGACAAUUUACUCCAACAAAAAAUUUUUGGACAAUUCCAGAAAUUAGUUUUAAAGCAUUUGUGACUGAAUUUGAAAGGAAUGAAACUUCUAAAAGAGCACAACAUUUAAUGGAAAAAAUGCCUCAUAUAAUUCCGCUUCGCGACAGAAUUUUUCUUUUUCGAAAAUUUAUACAACAAGAUAAGGAAUCAUUUUCCAACUCUAAUACAAUUAUUACUGUUGAAAGGUCGAGGAUAAUUGAAGAUGGUUAUCGACAACUUGGAGGAAUUAACCCACACAUAUUAAAGGGAAUAAUUCGAGUUAAAUUUAUUAAUCAGCAAGGAUUGGAUGAGGCUGGAAUUGACCAGGAUGGGGUUUUUAAAGAAUUUCUUGAACAAAUAUUGAAAAAAGUAUUUAUUCCAGAGCUUAAUUUAUUCAAGUAUACUCAUGAUAAAAUGUUGUAUCCUUCCCCAACCUCAAAUAUUCAAGAAAAUCAUUUGGAGCUAUUUAAAUUUGUUGGUUGUUUGCUAGGAAAGGCUAUUUAUGAAGGAAUUUGUGUAGAUGUUCAAUUAGCUCCAGUACUUUUAGCUUCAGUUUUAAAUAAAAAAUUAUAUCCAUUUGAUGAACUUGCAAGUUUGGACCCUUUACUUUACAAAAAUUUGACUUAUGUAAAACAUUAUAAUGAAAGUGAAGAUGUUGAGGAUUUGGCUUUGACUUUUUCUUUUCAGGAGAAAUUUCUGGGAAAGGUUUUUUUUAUUAAAUAUUUUUUUCUAGGGGUUUUAAGAAUUUCCUACCUUCAUCUUUAUUCCCAUUAUCGUGUUAUUAAACAAGUUAAAAACCAAACAAUUUAUUUUGUUAACGGUUUUCGUUCUAUUAUAAAAGAAAAAUGGUUGACUUUAUUUAAUACUCAUGAACUUCAAUUUUUGAUUUCUGGUCAAUUAAGUGAUAUUGAUUUGGAUGACCUCAAAAAACAUGUUCAAUAUUAUGGAGGAUUUCAUAGCAAUCACAGACUUAUUAGAUGGUUUUGGUCUAUUGUACAAAAUGAUUUUAGUUGCGAGGAAAGACAUUUAUUUUUAAAGGUUUUUUUAAUUUUAUUUUUUAAAUUAUUAAUAAUAGGAGUAAAAGAAGAUUUUUUAUUCUCGUCUUCUUUAACUUCUCUUUAAUAUUUUCUUUACCCUUUAGCUUACUCUCAAAGAACAAGCUUUUUCGAAUUUUUAUUUACUUUUUUUUAGUUUUGAACAGAACCGAAGAUUUUCCCGUUCACAUCCUUUUCUCCCUCAUUUUUGC